AUUGACAACUAUCAGUAAUCGUUAGCUGCAUGAAUGGUCCUCUUUUGUAGAUCCUAAGUCAUUUUGCUGCUAAUGAUUUGAAUCAUAUAAGCUAUCACUCAAACAACUAUCAUUAUUCUUAUUGAUCCCUGAAGUAGAGGACACUUUUUAAUCAUAUCGAAACAACUGUUGUCCCUUUAUGUGUUUAUUAAGAGUUUGAUAACCCUAUUGCAAAUUCUUCAAAUGGAUAACAAACAUUUCAACAUCGUGCUACUAGUCGUCGUCAAUAUCUGUUUUUCUUUGUAGGCCAUCUGUUUAAAAGAAAAUCACAGUUUCCCUCUUUAAUCCAGUUAAAGAAUCAAUUAUCAAAGUGACAACUACAUAUUUUUAUAAAUAAGUUUAUUUCACUGUACCUCUUAUCAUUUUAUGCUUAUUGUUCGUCAUUGAUUUAAUUCCAUAUUUCGUUUAGGCACCACGUACACCACUUCAGAAGAGUAUGGAUAAGUUGGGAAAGCAUUUAUCUGCUAUCUCUUUAAUUAUUAUUAGUAGUAUAGUGAUUAUUGGUCUAUUUCAAGGACGCCAUAUUUUAGAAUUGUUAACUAUUGGCGUAAGGUAUGUGUAUCCAUUGAUUUCGUUAUUAUUUAUUGCAUAUAUGUGUAUGAGAUCAUACUGAAUGUAACAAAAAUGCAUGCCAAAGUAUUUUAACAGCAAAAACCUCUGAUGGAAAUAAAUCAUCAUCUAGUGUAUCAGCCGUUACCCGCUUGCUAAACUGCAGUGAGUGUUGGUAACCCAUAAAAUUUAAAUGGUGAUCAAGUUGCUAGUUAUCAUUAUAUUAGCCAUUUUAUUUAUUUCCUCCUCCCCAUGCGAUGAUUAGUUUCGUAACCACUACACAGUUUAAUAAUCCUUUCAAAAUCUGUACUGAUGAAUUGAUUUUUGUUUUGUUUAUCUGUUUCACUUGUGUCAUAACUGUAUGACUUAAAAAUCUUUUCAUGUUAUAGUAUAACAGAGUUGUUCAAUUCAUUUCAUUUUACUAAUAUAUACAGUUUGUUCCAUCUUCGGUCGAUGUGUGUAUAUUUGUGCUAGAUCCUACAUUAUUUAUGAAUAAUUGACCAUUGCUUAGUCCAGUGAGAAAAUUAUCAGUUUGACUGUCUUGGUCGCAGUAAGGGUUUACUCCCUCAGAAUCAAAUUUGGACAUUUCCGAACAAUGAUAAGUAACAUUUACAAGUUUUUCUACUUGCGAUAUCAAUAUGCUCAUUUGUGUUAUUUCAAUUUCAAAUAUGAAAACUCGUGUAAAUGUCUAGUUCAUCUUCAAACUGUAAUGGAACAUUACUUUAUAUUAACAAUAAUUUAAUUCUCACUAUUCUUUAUUCAAAGUGUUCCUUCCUCUGUCUCUCUAUCUCACACACACAAAUCCCUUAUAGUUUAGCAGUUGCAGCAAUCCCUGAAGGUCUUCCUAUUGUAGUAACUGUCACUCUAGCUAUUGGCCAAAUGCGUAUGGCAGCGAGAAAUGCGAUCGUUAGACGACUUCCAGCUGUUGAAACUCUCGGUUGUGUAAAUGUAGUUUGUUCAGAUAAAACUGGAACCAUGACAAAGAAUGAAAUGACUGUAUCACAUAUAGUUACUGGUUCAUUAGAAAGAUACACAAUUCCGAUUCAACAAGCCAAUAAACACACUGAUACUGCUUGUGUAAAAUUAGAUAUAAAUUAUGCCGAUCCUUCUAAUUAUUUGACUGUAUCUUCUGCUGCCACUGCUACUACAACCAUUAAACUAGAUAACGUUUCACUAUCAAAUAAAUUAAUGUCAAAUCAUAUCAAUCCUCAUUAUCAGAUGUCAGCAAAUGCUAGAUCAGUUUCGUUUGAUGAAUUACGUACACCAUAUUAUUAUCCACCAUCUUUGGAUAGUAUAAUACAGAUUGGUUGUAUUUGUAAUAAUGCUACAAUUCGAGAUAAUCAGUUAUUUGGUCAACCCACGGAAGGUGCACUAUUAAGACUGGCCUCCCAAUUUCAUGCACUAGAUGAACGUGCAUUUUAUACUCGUUUACAAGAAUGGCCAUUUAGUUCCGAGUCAAAACUUAUGAUUGUUAAAUGUGUUCGAAAUAAUCAAUCAUCGACUCCUGAUGAACCAGUCUACUUUGCUAAAGGAGCUGUAGACCAAUUGCUUAAUCGUUGUGCGUUUACAUCUUUUUCAAACGAUUCUGCGAUUUCAAUGCAAUCAUCACCAUCUGAUAGUCAUCCAUAUAUGUUAUCGAAUCGUUAUUCUAAUAAUAGUUCUAUAAAGCCAAUGGAUUUAGAGACUAGAAAAGCAAUACUCAAUGAAGCAUCCAUACUUGGUAACUUAGGUUUACGUGUAUUAGCAUUGGCUAAAGGUAUUAACUCUGAACAAAUGAUUUUCCAUGGAUUAGUUGGUUUAAUUGAUCCACCACGUCCGGGUGUAAAUGAGUGCAUUCGAAUAUUAUAUGAAUCUGGUGUUCGCGUGAUUAUGAUAACUGGUGAUGCUAAAGAAACUGCAUGUACAAUUGGCUCUCGUUUAUCUCUUUAUCGCCCUGGUGAUCUGUGCCUCAGUGGUGAAGAAGUAGAACGAAUAAGCGUUAAACAAUUAAUGUCAGUUGUACGUAAUGUUACUGUGUUUUAUCGAUCCGGACCGAAGCAUAAGUGCAAAAUCGUCAAGGCUCUACAACAAUCCAAUUUAGUUGUCGCAAUGACUGGUGAUGGUGUGAAUGAUGCAAUCGCAUUAAAGUCAUCAGAUAUCGGUAUUGCAAUGGGUCGUACAGGAACAGAUGUAUGUCGCGAAGCUGCUGAUAUUGUUUUAUUAGACGAUAAUUUUGCCACAAUUUUAGCUGCUAUGGAAGAAGGCAAAGCAUUAUUUCAUAAUAUAAAAAAUUUCAUCGGCUUUCAAUUAAGCACAUCUAUAGCUGCUCUAGCCCUGAUUGCUUUAUCUACAUUACUUUCACUCCCAAGUCCAUUGAAUGCUAUGCAAAUUCUUUUUAUUAAUAUACUAAUGGAUGGUCCACCUGCUCAAAGUCUAGGCGUAGAACCACCAGAUCCUCAUGUAGUUAGACAACCUCCCAGACGAGCAAAUGAUUCUAUUUUGGAUGGUCGUUUAAUGUUCAAUGUAUUGACAGCUUCAUCACUAAUUGUCUCUGGUACUUUAUGGAUUUUCUUUAGAGAAUUAUCUGAUAAUAAAGUUACACCACAUGAUACAACUAUGACUUUUACAUGUUUCGUUUUAUUUGAUAUGUUCAACGCAUUAAGUUUUCGGUCACAGAAUAAAUCGAUCUUCUCAUUGGGAUUUUUCUCUAACCGUUUGUUUGUACUAGCUGUUGGGUUGUCUUUAUUUGGUCAGUUAUUGGUAAUAUAUUUCCCACCAUUGCAAGCUGUCUUUCAAACAGAAGCAUUGACAUUAAAAGAUUUAGUUUUAUUAGUUUGUUUAACGUCAUCGGUAUUUUUCGUGUCUGAACUACGUAAACUUGUGCGCAUACGUUCAGAUUUCUAUUUCUGGGUUACGUAUUUUCUGUCAUUUAUAAAACUACCAAGACGAGUAAAAAUGGAUGGUAAUAUGGUUUGACGUGUUGAUUUUUCUGCCUUGUUAAAAUAAUGUCUUUUUUCUGUAAACAGAUAAUAAACGAUUUUAUGUUAAAAUAUACACGCACACAUUACGAAGUCUACUUUUUAUAUGUAUAUGUGAGGUAUACACAUUUGUAAUAAUUUUUAAAUGUACCUUGUUUAGGUAACAAUGUAUCUCAAGCCUACUUUAAUUCUCCUAUCUUUUAGUAAAAUACUAACAGUUGAGAGAAUUGUAUGUAUCUAUUUCUUGAUGUAGAAUCUAAAAAUUUCUUCGCUAAUGAAAAACAAAAUACCGUUCUGCCUGUACAUUAAAGUAUGUUUGUUUCAGUUAUAUUCGUCAUUUUCUAUCUCCAUUUUCAUGUAUUUUUGUCGUAUCGUCUAUGGUGCCAUUUUAUUGUCCUUUGAAUUAUGUCAAUAUUAUUUUUUUUAAGUCUUCUGGUUAUCUAUUUUACUUCAAUUAUAAAUACUGAUUUGGUUUGUUCCAUUUUUUGUAAACAAUUAAUAAAGUUUAUGUCCUGUUUCCAAUUACUUUUCUUUCAUUCAGUUUUUUGUAUUUAUAUGAAGGCUUCUCAUAAUACAUUGUACUAAGCUAAUGUCGCUUCUUCUUUCUCUUGUGAUUUGUUAUGCUGAGAUUUCUAGAUUUUAUGAAAAAAAGAAUUCUGUACGUGUGUAUGUCGAUAAAAGUCAAAUGAUAUUCCUUCAAUCUUAUCAUGACCAUCAUCACUAAUAAUAUUCAUUCACACAGUAAUGUACUUUCUUACUGUUCUCAUUUAUUUUCUGUUUUUUUAAUACUCACUAUUCGUCUUUCUAAGAUAUUCAAGUCAGUGUUUUGUAGUAGAAAUAAAAAGUCAUUUUCUUGUUCUUAUU